AUGCUGACAAGUGAUUCCAUAAAACAUGUAGAAAAUGGUGAACCAGUAGCAUGUGCUAGUAAUGAUUCUAGUCGAAACGUUUUUGAUAGAAAUACUGAUUGGAUUUUACUAAAUGUUGGUGGUAAACAUUUUCUAACAACUCGCACAACAUUAUCACGAGAAAAAUCUUUUCUAAGCCGAUUAUGCCAAAAUGAAUCGAAUCUUAAAACUGAUGUUGAUGAACAAGGUGCUUAUCUAAUUGACCGAGAUCCUAAUUAUUUUACUGUUGUAUUAAAUUAUCUCCGUCAUGGUAAAUUAAUUCUUGAAACAAAUCUCGUUGAAGAAGGUCUCCUAGAAGAAGCCGAAUUUUAUAAUUUACAAACAUUAAUCGAUCUCGCGAAAGAAAGAAUUCGCGAAAGAGAUAAACGAAAAGUCGACGACGAUGCAACAAAUCGUGUUUAUCGAGUCAUUCAAUGUAAAGAAAAAGAAGUAACACAAUUGAUGUCAUCAUUAACUGAUGGGUGGAAAUUUGAACAGCUUAUUGGUCAUUCACCGAUUGGAUCAAGUUACAUCUAUCCUGAAGGUGAAUUUCUAUGUAUUGUAUCAAAACAGUACGAUCGAGGAUUGUCAGAAGAUAACAAUAAUUAUGUAUCGGAACGCGUUAAAAUUUUACAAGAACGAGGUUCAAGAAUGUAA